AUGUCACACCCCACCACAUCAUUCAACCUUUAUCUCUGCGGCCCUUCACUCAGCUCGACAGGCUUCCCACACGAGGGUGGUCGCACCUACGAUCUCGUCAAAGACUUACUUAGAUCAGAGCUCAAAGGCCACAUUAUCUUCAAGGCUGACCUGAACAUUAAGGACAAUGCUAGCCUUUUCCACCAACUCGUUCCCGAAUCUUCAUUGAAGACCAGACAUAUCGAACAGAUCAAAUAUUACGGUCGAACUAAUGGACCACCGGUAUAUCUUCAGGGCGCGUGGAACUUCAAUCGCAAAAAAAGGCCUAAACUCACCGAUCAGAACAACGACUCUGGGUCAGGCGACUCGGAUGAUGAAUCUGGUACCAGCACAGAUAUUGUUGACACAGAUGCUGAGGCCUUGGAUUCUGAACAUUCAGGGAUAAUCUCCCAGGACAUGGACGGCACCUGGAGUUAUGAUGAAUAUGAUGGCACUGCAGAACCAGGAUCGAAGAGGGGACACCCUUACAAUGCACAAAAGCCCGAUGUCGCUUUAUUCUAUUACAAGAGUAAAGCUUACGAGAAAACAUGGACAGACGUCCUGAGCUUUGUCGAGCAUACGACCUCUGACUUCAGCAAGAGGUGUGACUUAGGACCCUGGCGUCACUUCAUCCUCUCAUUCUCUAUCUGUGCAGAACAGCUUCGUGCCCAUUAUUGCGACCGCUCAGGCCUCAUCAUAACUCUUCCAACUCCCAUCCAAUCCUCACCCUCUUGUGUUGCUGAUGCAAUAGCUGCUCUCUCAUUAGGAGAUCUGAGUCUCUUGGGUCUCGACCCCACAAUCCAUAUGUGCAUCCCUUCUUGCAAGGGUACUCACACCAACCUAGUAGCGGGGGUGAUUGGUUGGGUAACUAACAAUUCUAAUAACAGGUACUCGAUUAUGGCUGUUCUGUGGAAGAGCCAGGGUCUAUUUUGUCAUGGAAUGGCUUGCUACCGCGUCUGGGAUCCUGUAGAUGGGAAGGAGUACGCAAUGAAAGAUUGUUGGGUCGCUGAGGCAAAGAGAUACCAUGAAGUGGAUGUCCUUGAGAGGGUCAAGGGCAUCCCUAAUGUGGUCUAA